AAAAUGCAAUUAAUUAAGCCAAACAAAAACCAAAGAACUACUCCACUACAAGAGAUUUUGAAGUGAAGGAGCCCUAAUCUUUACAACUCCGUUUCAGAAGAAAUCAUCCAAUUACUCCACCAUGGAAGAAAGCUUCAGAGUUCGCGUGGACAAGACCUUCGGCUCGCUAGCUUCUGCUUCUUCCUCCUCUUCUUCAUCAUCGAAUACGGCGGCGUCGCCGUCGCUGAGUUCUCUGUGGAGCCUCACAGACGAAGAACUAGAAAGGAAAGAGUGGAACCGAGAGAGGGACGACAGCUUCAACGACGCCGAGCCGAAACCCUACCCUCCGAACCUCGACGGAUUCUUCGCGAACCGGAGUAAGAUCCCUCCGCGAGCCGGACGCGUUGGUUUUAAGCAAGAGAUCGAGGCGGACCUUGAAGACCUCGAUGAUGAUGGCGUUGAUGACGAUGAGGAGGAGGAGGAAGGGAAGAAGCGUGAAUUGGUCAAACCAGAUGAUUAUAACGACGAAGAGUGGGAUAUUCGAUCAUCUAUUGGCCUAGACUGCACUCUAGACUUCGAGGAAGAGGAAGAUAAAUAUGACAAAGUGGCUGUAGGCAUGGAAAAGGCUGAUGAUCGCUUGUACAUGAGGGAUAUCACUGGCUACUGGACUGAUAUAAAUUUCUACAAUGAGCUUCCUAAUACAUUUAAGGAUGCCUCAAGAGACCCUCGUGCAAAUCACAUGGCAGCAAAACUCAGACUGCAAGAAGAUGCAGAAGCAGCCGGAAAGUUUGGCUCUUUGCAAGUUUCUGAUACUGGGCUACUUGUUCCAAAUACUCAAAUUAUAGAAGAGGGCGUCAACCCAAAAUCAAUUCUGAAGAGGAAGGAAAAUCAGGUAGACCUGAAAACACAGAAACGGGUCCGGUUCGGCCCCGGAUGUAAUGAUGAUUGUGAGGAAGAUUAUGAAGGAACUAAAGAUGUUGUGAUGGGUAAUUGUUCAACACAAGCUGAAAAAUCAGAAGCAUCUUUUCCACCCCAAGAGUUUUCUGUCGUUCCGGAUUAUAUUAGAAACCCUUCGAAAUACACACAUUACACUUUCGACUCAUCAAGUGAUAGUGAUGAAGAAUCCAACCAGAAAGCUUACAUGGACUUCCUCAAUCAGCAGAAGAGUUCCAACAGCACGGAACCACAGCAGGAUUACACUUCUAGUAAUCUGCCAAAAUCCAUAGCCUUCACUCCAAAAAAGAAGCUUGGUGACGCUUCAUUGAAAAAUGGCAACGAGUUGGAGCAAAACCAGGGAGAUGUUGGCAAAGAGAUUAUGCCCAAGAAAGGUGGCCCUGCCAUUGUCAUUACAGCUGUGGAAGUACCGGAAAGUGAAGUUUGCGAAAUGGAGGAAGAUGAACCAGAAAAGGUGGCAACUAAAAAUAGCAGCUUGCAGAGACAAGGUCGACAAUACCGAACAAAGGCUGACAUAGAGUUGGAUGAGCCUGUUACUUGAUUGAAUCAGGGUAUUCAUCUCGCAAAUCCUGUGCAGCGCUCUUUGGUGUUUGUUGAAUUUUCGGAUGCUUCAUUGAAGAAAACAUGUUUUCCUAUAAGUCCUCUCUUGCUCCCUCUCAUAAAUGUUGUGCCAAUAUACUCACUGUCAUGAGACCCGUACGUGGGCAUCUUUAGCUCCUUUUACUGGUCUUAUUAUGUUUACCAUUUACUAACACAUAAUCAGUGUAAAUUCUAACCGUUGAUUCUCUUUCAUGGACAUUUUUAUGUUUCUUUUUUCA